AUGAUGCUGAUGCUUGUGGCCGGCAUGCUUUUCGGCGUGCUCGUCUCGUUUGGGUAUCGCCUGACUCCUUUGCUGUUCAGCCCUAGAAAAGUCACUUUAUCCUUUUCCCCAGCCUCACUUCGAAUGGAGGAGAUCAUCCUGGCUAUCAUGGCGAUGAUCAUGAAAUCUAUUUUGUACGCGAUACCCGGAGUUCCGCGCGUAAAGUCUUCCAGACUAGAGCUCGACUCGCCUUUCAUCAUAGAUGUGGAAGACGUCGCUCGAUAUCAAAUAGCAAGUGGACGAGGAACUGGCGCAGGAUUAAGGAUUCCACCAGCUCAACUCAUACUUUUCUUGUCCGCUAUGACUGAGCCCGCGAUGCUUCUCCUCCUCGCAAGCCCCUGGUGUCCAAUCAGUCCCCUGGGUGCCGUCAACGUCCGCAACAGGUUCGAGAUACUACGCCAGGAUCUAUGCCACAUAGCGACGCUUGUGGGUAUGAGGUCAGCUAAUUUGAAGGCUAUAGUACACAAAAAUCCAAGACAGGCUAAAAGAGGUAUCGAGUGGGAUUUGGAGGUCAUGAUCAACGUUCCUACAGGGAGGAGUGAUGGGACUGUGGAUACCAUAUUUCGCCAAAUCUUCACCAUGCUAGAGUUCGGCAAAGUACAAACGAAGAAGGUUCCACGAAAUUCUGAUGAGACACCGCCUAGCAUGGCGACAACACCUUUGUUCGAAAGCACUACGCAGGUAUCGCUGUCCGUGGACGAUCCGCUAAGAUGGGCUGCAAUUUGCAAAGACUAUAACUUCAUACACCUAUCAGGGUUAGCUGCGAAAGUUUUCGGUUUACCAGGAAAGAUAGCGCACGGAAAUCACGUCGUGGCCAAAGCUCUGCAGAGUGCGCCAAAUUUGGGAGGCUCAACAUUCCUGCUAGAUACAUCGUUGUGGAUGGAAGUGCAUUUCAAGAGGCCGAUGGUUGUGCCUGGUAUCUUUGAUACCCUUCUGACUGUUCCAAUCACCAUUCGUGAGCAGAUUUACCACGAGCUUCUCACCUACAUUCCGUCGGAAACAGCCACCAAAGAUGUCGCACUGUCCUCGCCAAUAUGCAAGCUGCUCACUCUGAACCGACAAGUCAACACAGAAGUGUUGAAGUUUCUGAGCAGUCAAUUCCUGCUCGAUACGUCUCUUACGUUCACACUUCUCGAAACACUCUCCUAUUCCAAAGACAGAGCCCUGGAGAUCCUCGUGGGCCCUUGGCUAGAGAAUCCCUUUCUCCGUCACAAAUUUCUUGCUGUCAGCACCAAUGACGCGAUACCUCCACUCCUGACAGCGGACUUGAGGAAGCACUGGCAGCGACAAGGGAGCGCCGGAUAUUAUCUACUCAAGAUUGACAUGUUCAGGCGGAACGUGAAUAGCGAUACCCCAGAGAACACAGUCAUACAAUACAAGAUGGUCUGUAAGUACGCCCGCCUAGUCUACGAUUGCCAACUGGACUGCAUUCGCAGCAAUUAUGGAGGUUUCCUUAGCCCGUCGACAGAAGACACGGUUCUUAUGCUAUGGUCCGCAACUUGCACAAUUGCUGCGGAUCUAGUCGAGGUCAUAUGUCAUCUCGCAGGUACCUUUGGUCCUAAGGGACUAGAGUUAGCGGAUGCAUCGGACAGUGUGGCAUUGCUACAAGAGGCGCGCAAGGUUGCCGAGGAGAUGAUUAGUUUCCUGUCGGAUAAGCCCUUUUGUGCGCAAGAAGAGUCUAUUACGUCGGACGCAGUGCAGGUACCGGUUCGCAAGCAAAAGUUCUUGAUGAGCUUCAAGGCGCAUAUCGUUUGCAAAGCACUCGGAGACGUAGAUGCCGCUAUCGGUUAUCUAGAAGAUGCGAUCGAGUACGAUUCCGAGAGCCCAGAGAACCCAGUAGAAAAGUUGCAUGAGCUAAGAGCUGAGCUUGGAACGGGAAAUGAGGGAUCUGUUCCCAGGGUAAUGACGCACGCGGCCUCGAAAGACGACCUACGCGUCACCACGCUCUUCUCCUUCACCGAACAUGUCGUCCUCGUAACAGGCGGUGCGACUGGCCUCGGGGAAAUGGCCGCACAAGCCUUCGUCCAAAACGGCGCCCGCGUCUUCAUCGCCUCACGCAAAGAAUCCGAACUGCGCUCUACCACUGACCGCCUCAACGCGCUCGGCCCAGGCCGCUGUUCCUAUAUUGUCGCGGACCUGAAGGACAAAGCCGGAUGUCUAGGUCUCUGUGAAGAGUUGAAGAAGCAGACGGAUAGGUUGACGGUGUUGGUCAACAAUACGGGGGCGAGUUGGGGAGAUGAUUACUACAACUAUCCAGAGCAUGCGUGGGACAAGCUAUAUGCACUGAAUGUGAAGAGCAUAUUUUACAUGACAGUGGGGUGUGAAGGAUUGUUGACCAAGGGGGCUGAUAUGCACAAUCCAUCCAGAGUCAUCAAUAUCGCCAGUAUGGCUGGUAUCACGACUGUGGAUGUUACGACCGGAGAGGGAGGUGGAUUGAGUAAACCAGGGACUGGCACAUUCAGUUACGGUCCAGCAAAAGCCGCAUGCAUCCACCUAACCAAAAUGCAAGCCUCGAAACUCGCCCCUAAGAAUAUCAUGGUCAACGUCAUUUGUCCAGGAGUCUUCCCCAGCCGCAUGACGAAUUUCGGCUUGGAGAAAUACGCUGAUGCGUUGACGUCUGGACAACCAACUGGCAGGAUUGGCAAACCUAGUGACUUUGGUGGGCUGGUGCUCUUCUUGAGUAGCAAGGCUAGUGCACAUAUCACCGGAAACGCCGUGGAGAUGGAUGGAGGUGCAACCUUAACAGGAUGGCGGGGGAAGGUUGGUGGUGGGGAUAGUAAAUUAUGA